AUGUCGUACCCACUGUUAUUGGGGCAUGCCCAGGAAACGUACAACAUAAGUGUCACGAACCAGUAUAAUGCCAGUGUUGACUAUACCUUAAGUGUAUUAGCUGAUGCAUCGUCCACGAGAUAUAUUCACUCCAACGUUCGGGAAAUUCACCAAAGUGAAUUGUACUUUGACGCUGGUGACAUCGUCAGUUCUGUGAAAAGCACCCACUUCUUCACAGGAGAGGAGGUUUUGACAUCCGCUGUGACCAAGGUAUAUAUGCCCGUCCAAAAGUUGAAUCUAACGUGUCCUUCCGUGGCAACACAGAACAAACCCUUUUUCUGCAAGAUGACCGUGCAAGAGGGAACCAACAUGGCUGCAGAUGUUAGCGUCAUCGGUUCAGGCAACCGAGUUACGUUUCAGAUGCCAGAUACCUCCAUCUACACCGUUGGGCACAUGGGUGGGACUGCAGGAUCUCAAACCACGCAUCAUAGCAAGAUUUACAUCUUGCAGAACCAGAUAUUCAAACAUGAAGGUUUAUUGAAGACCGUGCAAUACGAUGCUAUAGCAACAGGGACAAUUAUCUUUCAGGUAUAUCGUCCUGUGUGCUCGUCUGGCAGCACUUUCUGCAUGAAGUCAUACAAUUGUAUCGGAUCGACGGCGGCCUGCCAGGAUCAGACUGACCGAUGGGCAAUAACGUGUGCAAGUGACCAGUACUUCAGUUUUCCUGGCCGCACUUGCCGUGAUAGGGCUACUAAUGCCCGGAUAGACUGGUACUUCGCCAGCGACUGGAAUGCUAUGCCUGUGCAGACAUUGGAACUUGUAGGGGAAUACACACACGUUAUAAGCUCCACUGGUUUGGGUUUCGCUGUGCUUGACUCCAGCGCCAUUGAAGUCCAGCCGGGAGAUGUAUUUGCUUUCUAUAUGGAAAAUACCAUUACCAUCAAGCAUGCAGAUUCUACCGUUGCUGAAGAAACCUACUCCGAUGUCGGCAAUAACUGGGGCAAUCGCGUGCCCGGCGAGUACCAGAUCCCCGGUUCUUUUUCAGGAUCAAACACCAAGCACAUGGUCAAGGCGUUCGUCGUGCGCACGGUGACAACCUCGUUUGAGUACACAUUUUAUAACGCAGGCAACGUUACCUUGGAAGCGAUCGUGAGUAACCAAGAUAUGCUGCCUGGGGAUCAAAACUACAGAGCAAUCAAUGAUUCCGUCGGAAUAGAAGUUCAAGCUGUGAUAGCGAAUCUUACUUUCAACUUUGUUUCACAUGUUGCUACUAAUGCAUCGGUCAGUUUUGAUAUUCCGGCCCAUCCGGGCAGUAAGGUGACGUACAGCUGGCAGUUUGGAGAUGGACACACCGAAGAAGUAUAUCAAACACGCACCAUGAGUCACACUUACGUCAGCGAUGGCGUCUAUGGGAUCACUCUCUUUGCCUGGAAUGACGUCAGCAACAUGACUACCUAUGGAUGGAUUUCCAUUCAAGACACAAUUUUAGAUCUGGUAUUUGAAGCUGGCCAAGUCGUCACAGUCCAGUCCUAUCCAACUUUGGUAACAUGGACCAUAGCAUACGGUACCAAUGUGACCUAUGACAUUGCGUUCAGCGAUGGUAAUACAUACCAGCUAUUGCAUGAUGCACCCCCAGACAUAGGCGUGGACGGACUCCAUUUAGGUUUGUCAGGGGCGCUAAACCACACAUUUGGUGAUAUCGGCAAUUACUCCGUGCACCUCACAGCCAGCAACGCCAUCAGCAGUCAGUCAGCCAUGCUGUACCUCCCAAUACAAAUCCCCAUACUAGACCUUUACAUCGAACCCCCAAACCCCAUCCCAUACGAUACAGAAGUCACCAUUGUUGUCACCACAACCAAUGGAACCAAUGCCGUGUACGAGUCAACGUUCGACGGAUAUCCUACCAGAAAUUUAUCUAUGACUCUCCGAACAAAGACCAUGACCGGAGUGAGACAGGUUCCCUGCACGUUUACAACCGCUGCCCCCUACGCCGUUACUGUCUACCAGAAUGGAUCAUACCCUGACGUAAAUGAAACUGCAGCAGGUGGUUACUAUGGCGGAAUUAUGAAUGAAACUGCAGCAGGUGGUUACGGAUAUACAAAUGUGAAUGAAUCUGAUGAUGGUUAUUUUUACCAUAAUGGAACUGAUGGCAGUUAUGGGUACCAUAAUGGAACUGAUGGCAAUUAUGGAUACCAUAACGAUUCUUCGGCUGAGGGUGCUGCCGGCGGUGAUUAUCCAGGCACAACAAGUAUUCCUAUGUGUGAUGAGUUAUACGAGUACGAGGUCCCUGAUGGCCACGCCAUUGAUGGUUUUGUACAUAUCAUACCAGAUGAUUACUAUCGAACCAUCGGUAACUACACCCUCGUCGUGUCUGGUAGCAAUCUUGUUAACUUUGCAAACGCAAGUGCCGUCUUAUGGGUAGAUUACCUGAUAGAGAACUAUACGGUUGAGGUGGAAGAGUUCUACAUAACCCCCGGGAGGGAAAUCAACUUCACCCACGCUGUUUACCGUGCCUCUCGAUUCAACCUUACCGCGGACUACGCUGACGGUUUCCAACAUAAUUUGUAUCGUGGCGUCAUGUUAGAGCCCGAGAACAUAGUUUUACGACACGCCUGGGCUACUGCAGAUAACUAUACGGUCAACUUGACCAUGGUUAACCCAGUGGACAAUCAGACCAUCCAGUAUGAAAUUAUCGUUCAGAAUGCAGUAGAAGGACUGACCUUAGUAACAAAUUCUCCGGUGGCUCUCUAUCCCAACUCUGUGUCUGUUGGACUAUUUGAAAUCCAUUAUGACGGUGUACCUCUGCUGGGAACAGAUAUGUUUGCAUCGUACACAUUCGGCGACAGAAGCAAUAUUACACGAUAUGUCAUCGUCAACGAAACUACGCCGCAUCCCACCACCCACAACUACUCUGUAUACGGCACGUACCCCAUCACACUGAAUGUCUCCAACUAUGUCAGUUUUAUGGAAUUUAGCACCAAUUUGGUUGUGGAUCAGGCAAUUCUGAAUAUGACCAUUGAACCCGACCCUCAGUUCGUACAGAUAAACACACUGUGUAUGGUUACCGUAACGGUUGCCUGGGGAACUCGAUUAAACCUGACAUGGGACUUUGGAGACGGCACCCCAACAUACACCACGGACUACAAAACCAACGAAACGAACACCGAAUUUCAUAAUUACACUACAGCCGGCAAUUUCUACAUUACCAUCACUGCUAUGAACUCUGUCGGUACACUUAUAAAAACAAUUACAGACCCCAUUAUUAUUCAGUUUCCAGUUACAGGGUUCAUGUUAACUGGACGUAAACAGUCUCUAAUAGAACCGCCAGAGUGGCUGGUAGUGGUACCUUUCAAAUUCUACCAUGAACGAGCGAUCCCAUUACCAUCUAAUGCGUCUUAUUACAUAGACUACGGGGAUGGUACUCAGAGUGUGACCCGACCUCUACCCGACCACGGAGACCCCGCCCUGGACGACGGUGACUAUGAACACAUGUUUUCAUUUGAUCAUGGAUACAGCACCGGCAAUGUGUAUACGGUCACAGUAGUGGUGUUCAACCUUGCUGACAAUGUAACGUUCACAUACGAUGUCGAUGUCUUCGAAAGUAUUACCAACUUGAGCAAAGCGGUAUUUGCCAUUGAGGAAGACAACAACGGUACCAUUAUCUUAAAGGCUAAGGGCGUUGGACCGGGUUCCAUUUAUUAUCCUUUAGAAAAAUUAGUCUAUUUAGACGUCUCGAUGAAUAGAGGAUCUCACGUCACCUACCACUGGGAGUUUGGAGAUGGUUUUGUUCAAACUGUCUACAAUGAACCAUAUAUCAAAUACCUUUAUAAUGAACCCGGCACCUACACCAUCAAGCUUAACGCUUCCAACCCCCUGAAUAACGUUGUCAUUGAAAAGACUAUAAUAGUUCAGAGGAGUUGCAUCGAUACUGAAAUAUGGGUGGAAGAGCCAGCUCCUAGGAAUACCACCUUCAACUUCCAGAUCUACCCAGGUACCAUAGGCUCCGAUGCUUGCUACUUCAUUAACUUUAAGGACCCCAUGUCAGACGAAAACUAUUUGGCGUUUUUGGGAAACCAAGCUGAAUGCGAGCAGACUUAUCCAAACAGCUGGGCCUUACAGCCACGUCGGUUCGUUCCUUACGCCGCUUCAGAUCUUGAGGCCAUGCGCGCCCCGGGUCAAAGGUUGUCUUUGACGUUUCCGCACGUGUUCCAAACCCCAGGCGUCUGGAACGUCACCAUGAUUGCCCACAAUAAAGUCUCCCGCAGCGAGUCAUACUGGGUGUCCGGGGUGACUCGUGGUGGAUGA